AUGGCAACAUCCACUACACGUUUUGCGGUGGAUUAUGCAAAGAGAGUUGCUGGAUGUAAGAAAUGCAAACUUCAACUCCCCAAAGGGGAGAUGCGCCUCGCUAAGAUCAUUCCGAAUCCGUUCGUGCAGAAAGCGGACGGAGGUCCUCCACCAGACAUGAAACAAUACUACCAUGCUCAUUGUCUGUUUGAAAUGUUUUUUAAAGCUCGAGCUAACACAAAGGUUAUCGAAGGAACCGAUGACAUUGAAGGAUGGGAUGACUUGAAAGACGAGGACAAAGAUGUUAUUUUGAAGUUUAUUGAUGAGUUAGCUGACCUUCGUGCGAAAAAAGGAGAAGUAAAAGCGACACCGAAAAAGAAAACCGGCGAUUCUGACUCUCCUGCAAAGACACCACCGUCUUCAAAGAAAGCAAACGGUAAAGAUGCUGAAUCUACACCAAAACAGAAAAAGUCUAAAGAUAAGGACAAACCAGAAAGUAGCAAAAAAGUGAAAGGGAAGGAUGACGUCAAAAAUAAAGGAGGUAAAGAAGGCUCUAAAACAUCUGAAGAGCCCAAUGAGGAAUCGAAAUACAACUCAUUCAACAAGUUCGCGAAAUUAUGCGACGUUAUCGCCACAAUGUCUAAGUAUACAGAUAAAUCGGCAGCAGUAAAAAUGUUCAUUUCAAGAGAUGACUACGAUGGUGAUUUACUUACAUUGGUUCGACUUCUUUUACCAGGUGUAGAUCAAAGGGUCUACAACUUAAAAGAGAAGCAAAUUAUAAAACAUUUUGCAUCGAUCUUUGAUCUCCCAGUUGAGGAUCUCUUGAACGAAUACAAAAAUAGUGGAGAUGUUUCUAAAACCAUUCGAGAUGCAAUGGAGAAUAAUAACUUGAGCAGAGUAACUAAAGGGAACUGGAGCAUUGAAAAAGUUGAUCGCUGGCUUAACAAGCUAACUGAAUUCACUAAGGAUGACGAACAAAUUUCACAUUUGAAAUUUGCCGCUAAAAGGUUAUCCCCACUAGAACUACAGUAUCUGAUUCGGCUGGUGAUGAAGGAUCUCAGGAUUAAUGCAGGCGUAAAACAUAUCUUGGAUGGCCUAAACUCGUCUGCAUAUGAAGCUUUCCAGAAUUGCCGUGACCUUGCCGAAAUAAUCGAUAGAUGCAAAAAAGGCCAGCUUGGUGAUAUUGCGAUUACAAUGGAGGUUGGUAUUCGAAUUGGGACUCCAGUUCUACCGAUGCUUGCUGAACCGUGCAAGUCAGUUGAACAGGCGAUGAAAAGAUGUGUUAACGGAAUGUUUGCAGAGAUCAAAUACGACGGUGAACGAGUUCAGGUUCAUAAAAUUGGCGCAUCCUACUCCUAUUAUUCGCGAAGUCUUAAACCUGUACAACAUCAUAAGAUUUCGCACCUUGAGAAAUUUAUACCACAGGCGUUCCCAGCUGGGUUGGACUUAAUCAUUGACGCCGAGGUUCUUCUUGUUGAUAAUUCCACUGGAAAACCGUUGCCUUUCGGUACAUUGGGUGUGCAUAAGAAGGAACAAUUCAAAGAUGCAUCCGUCUGCAUAUUUGUAUUCGACAUACUUCGAUAUAACGACGAAGAUUUGAUGAGCAGGACUCUAACGGAGAGGAAGAUGCUACUCGAAUCUAAGAUGACUGAGGUAGAAAAUCGUGUCAUGAUGUCGAACUACCAGCUAAUUCGUUAUGGGGAUCAUGCCACAUUGAAGACAAUGAUAUGGAAAGCCAUAGACGAAGGUUUGGAAGGACUCGUUCUGAAGGACACUAGAUCAGUCUAUGAGCCGGGGAAACGACAUUGGCUUAAAGUGAAGAAAGACUAUCUAGAAGAGGGUCGAAUGGCGGAUACUGCAGAUCUGAUUGUGUUGGGCGCCUACUUUGGGACGGGUUGUAAAGGAGGCAUGAUGUCGGUGUUUCUGAUGGGUGUUUACGACAAGGACACGGAUUCAUAUCGCACCGUCACAAAAUGUGGUAAUGGACAUACUGAUGAUGCUCUUGAUAAAAUCAAUAAGGAUCUGAAAGAUAAGAUGACUCGGAUCGAUCGUGAUUAUGAUUCCCUCCCUAAGUGGCUAAAGUGUUCACGUAGUCUUGUACCAGAUUUUAUUGUGAAGGACCCGAAAGAGGCACCUGUUUGGGAGAUUACAGGUGCCGAGUUCUCCAAGUCAGAAAACCAUACCGCUGGAGGUAUUUCUAUUCGUUUCCCUCGUGUGACUCGCGUUAGAAAGGAUAAGAAUUGGGAAACCGCGACUACGUUGGCCGAGUUGAAGAAUCUCUAUGAUUGUUCGAAGAUGAAGACCGAUAUCGAUCACACUGCUGAAGACGAGACUCCUCUAUACGUGAAAGAAGGCAUGGAUCACGGUGAUAUAGAGAAACUCAUCGAAGAAGACACCGCAGGUACCAGCGGUGAAGGUUCGAGCACAAAUGGAAGAAAACGAAGCGCUGAAGACGAGGUAGAGAAGAAUGAACCAAAGAAAACGAAGAAAACAGAAGAGGAUGAGGAUAGUAGUGACGCUAAAUGUCCACCAGGAAAAACACCAUGCAAAUAUGGAGCCGAAUGCUACAGAAAGAACAAGGAACAUAAAGCGGAAUUUUGGCAUCCGCCAAAGAAUUGA